AGGUAGGUAACCUUUAGAAAUGUGAAAUACUGAAAUGUAAAUGUAUAACAUAUACCAACAAUAAUUAAUCAAUUGUUCAUAUUAAUUGUAUUUCUUGUCUAUUGAAUUUUAUUUUUUAUUGUUGAACAAUUUUUACAAGUGUGAAUAAAUUUAGAUUUUUGGUUCCUACGCGUUGUUACUGCAGUCGCCUAUAUAGUCUAUUUUAUUUAUAACGAUUUAUGAUUACCUAUUUUUUUUUCUCAUUUGUAUACUGUUAACCACAUUAUUUAUUAUUGCAUGUUGAUUAUCACCGCUAUAAUGAUAUUGCCGAAGUACCUAUAUUUGUUAUGAGUAUUUGAUCAUUAACAAAGAAAUCACUGUAAAUUAACAAUGUAACAGCUAUGUUUUCUUCUCAAAUUUAUUCAACACGUCAUUUGCUAGUCUAGAUAAAUAAGAUUUAAGAUGUCUGAAGAAGAAGAUGAAGGAUGGAUGAAAGCAUUAGAAAAAGCACUUUGUGAGAAAGAUGAGUCUCCACUUAGUGAAGAAUCUGGAAAUUUUACUGUAAUUGCCAAUGAAUGUAGGGGUCAGAUGUGGCGUCAGUUACUGACUCGUGACGAUGAUACUAUUCAAACUUUGUUAGAUGAGAGACCAAUUAUAAAGAACAUAGAACAGUUGGAGCUUGACUGUCAAAUGUUAAUUGCUUCUUUAGAAAUUGAAGAUGAAGAUGAAAAAUUAAACUGUUUGUCAGACACUGAAGCGAUACUGGUGACAAUGUGUAAAAUAUAUAAUAUAGAUACGUAUGAUAAAAGUAAGAGAUGGUCAUCAAUAAUUCGACCGAUUAUAUCAUUAAAACUACCCCGAAUUGAUACAUAUACUAUGUUCCGUGCGGUUGAUGAAGAGUACUUAGCUAAACAUCAAGACUGUUAUCAUUUAUUACGGAUAUUGUUAUUAUAUCAUGAUCCAGAGUUGUGUAAUUUACUAGAUUCUCUGAAAUUAGGACCAGAACUUUAUAGUGACUCUUGGAUACAAACUUUAUUUUCGGAAACAUGUUCUUUAGAAGUAAUUUUAACUAUUUGGGAUUUAUACUUAGCAAAAAAAGACAAGUUUUUUAUAUUUUUCUUAGCUUUAGUAUUCAUCAUCAAUGCAAGGGAUCAUAUAUUUUCAUUAAAACAUCAACCCAAAAUACAAUUGAUUGAAAUUCUUGGGAGUUUGCCAUCACAAUUGGCCAUAGAUGAUAUAAAUGAUUUUUGGUCUUUGGCAGAAUAUUAUGAUAAACAAACACCUUCAACUUUUAUAAAAGAUGUUGCUGGAUACAUUUUUGACCCAAAGCUGCAGAAUAAAGGAAUUUCACAAAUGUUAUGCCUUCCAAUCAGUGUAACCGAAUUAGUAUCUCAUACAAAUAGAACGUUGACAAAUAGCUUGAAAUUUUUUGUUAUGGAUUGCCGACCUGCAGAACAGUACAAUGCUGGACACUUGCCUAUUGCCUUUCCAUUGGACAGUACUUUACUUUUGGAAGAUCCUGUUUCUUUUUGGACUGCGGUUGAAGGGUUAUUAUCAUGUCAAAAGCAGAGCUUUGUUGAAGGCCGUUCAGGGGGAGGAGAACAUUGGUGUUUCUCAGGUUGUGGUAGUGGCUUAGAUGCUAAUCAAAACACCCACAUGGUUGUUUCUGCUUUUCUACAAAAACAUUCUCUCUAUGUAUCUAUGUUAAAUGGUGGCUAUCAAGCACUCCACGAAUAUUUUGAAAAAAACAAUAUUGAUGGCCUGAGUGAUCAUGAUCGUAAUAGAUGUUCACAAUGUCUAUGUAGCCCGCAUAAAAAUAAGGAACGAUUGACUCAAACAAAUUCAACUAAUGAAUUGUUUUCUAAGCUCGGUGUGGCGAUGAGAUCAAAAUCGUUUGAAGUCAAAGGUAAAUUAAUGGAUUUUUUAUCAAGUAAUAACAAUAGUACAAAGAAUGAAAAAACAGAUGGAGGUAGCAAAAGAUACAGAAAUAUGGCACCAGUUUUUGCAAUAGAUGAAGAUGAUAAUAAUCAAGAUUCAGAAGAUGAACUAUAUGAUGCAGCUCAUAAUAAUAGUUUGUCGAUACUAUUAAAUAAAUCCAAUGUAAUUGCAUCCUUUGAUUGUCAACAUAUCAGAAAUGAUGGAACAGUAAUUCCAGGGAAAUUGGUGUUAACAAAAAAUAACCUUAUAAUAGUCGAAGUAGACUCAAAAGAUCCGAAUAAAAUCAAUUCAUUGAUAAAUCAUUCACUGGGAACUAUUUUGAAUAUUAAAUGUCGCAAGAAACGACCGGAUUUGAUUAUUUUUGAAUACUCUGGAGCAGAAAAGGAUAUAGACAGAUUCUUAAUACCACAAUCACAAAAAGCUACCGAUAUAAUAAGUAAGCAAAUAAUGGAUUUCAUUGAGCGUGAUGAAAGCUGAUCAAUUUUGUACUACCUGCUACAACAAACGAUUAGAUUAAAAACAAGAUUUAGUACAACAUUACAUAAUACAAAUAAUAAGAAGUUUGUGAUUGUAAUGCUUUAAUAAAAAAAAAAAUGUAUUAUUAAAAAAAAACAAAUUAAGUUUGCUCAUUAAUUAAUAUGAAAAUAAUUUUUAUGUGAAGCAAAAUAAAUCUAUUUAUGUGGAAGAAAAUCCAAAAUGCAAUAUUUUGUUUUCAAGAGCUUUACUUAAAUUGCCAUAUUUAUGAAAUUAAUGUUAAUUGUAUAUUUACAGUUCAUUAUUCUUAACUUUCUUGAAAUUACUAUUUAUGUUAUCAUUUCUUUGUUUUCUGUUUAUUUUAAUUAGAUGUAUAAGAAAUUUUAAUAAUGUUAUUUUAUUUUACAUAAUAUUUCAUUUGUAUUAAGUUGUUGGAAUUAUGAAAAAUCCUUAUCAGCAGAACUUUAAAACAGUAUAAAUAAACUACAUUGUAUUAUCAUUUUCACAUCCUUCACUUUUUUAUCUUUAAGGAUUAAGGACUAAUUAAUUAUUAAAUCUAUUUAUUUUAAAUUAAAACUGAUAAAUGAAUUAGCUGGCAAAUAAUUAUUGCAGUUAUGAGUUAUGACCAAAUUAACAUUAUAAUUAUUAA